CCCCCGCUGCUGCCCUGCCCUGCGCAAUGGCUGUGCGGGUGCCUGCGGACCCUCUCUGGAAGUGGCUGGCAAAGCUGCUGCUGUUCCUCGAGCUCUGUGCUUGCGGCCACGCUCUCCGCACUUUGCCCGUGCCCCGUGGAUGCCCAUCUGUUUGCAUCUGUACGGCUGACCUCCUGAGCUGCAGCCAGCAGACGCUGCGGCAGGUCCCCCGCGUGCUGCCCCGCACCGCGACCACACUGGAUCUCAGCCACAACGCCCUCUCCCAGCUCCACGACCGCUGGCUGGCUGCUCUCCCACACCUUGAGGCCCUCCAUAUGAGCCACAAUCAGAUUAAAGACCUUUCUCCGCAGGCUUUCCACAAUGCCUCCUACCUGCGGCACCUCGACAUGUCCUCCAACCACCUGCAUGCCAUCAAGACACACUAUUUUGAUGCACUAGUGAGCUUAGAAGAGCUUCUGCUCUACAACAACCGGAUUACCCGAGUAGAUGAAAAUGCCUUUGCCAAGCUAAGCAGCUUGCGGAAAGUUUACCUGAGCUGGAAUAACCUCACUGAUUUCCCCUUCCGCUCAGUGCAAGGUCUUGGCAACUACAGCCUCCGCACUCUGGACCUCUCCUCCAAUAACCUGAGCAGCAUUCCUGUGGAGGAGCUGGCAGUGUUGCCUGAAAACAUCAGGAAUGGCCUCUACUUGCACAACAACCCCAUGAUGUGCAGCUGUGCACUUUACCUGAUGCUCCAGCGGUGGAAGCAGCAGGGUUUCAGCUCUGUGAAGGAUUUCUUUGAGGAACACACUUGCAAGGUUUCCAACAACGUGCCCCGAUCCCUGAUUAAGUUCCUCAAACACAGCCAGAUGUUUGAGAACUGCUCAGCGAGCCCCGAAGUCCUGCAUCCCCUGCCUUUCCCAGCGCUUGUGGGCCAGACCCUCCUGAUCACCUGCAACGCCACCCUGCUGGACAUGGCCACCACCUACAUGUGGAUCUCCCCUCACCACGAGCCCAUCAAACAUCCAGGCAACAGCAACCGCUCCUUAGAGGUCUACCGCAAUGGCAGCCUGAAGAUCACAGCGGCUAAACCCUGGCACUCAGGGGUUUAUGUGUGCCUGGCCAUCAUCAGCCCUCAAAAUUUCAGUAGGAUGUGUGAAGUCAAUGUGACUGUCCACUAUCCCAAGCCAGAUGGGGAGACCUUCAGCACUGGUCUUACAACCCUCCUGGGGUGCAUAGUCAGUCUGCUGCUUGUUCUCAUUUACUUGUAUCUCACGCCAUGUCACUGCCUGAAAUGCUGCAAGAAAGCAGCUCCUCUCAGCCCUCCACAAGAGUGCAGCGCCCAGUCCUCCAUCCUCAGCACCACUCCACCAGCCACAGAUGGGCCAAACCGCAAGGUCAGCGCCAACAAGCACGUCGUCUUCCUUGAGCCCAUCAGGGAGACGCAGAAUGGCAAGAUUCACCUGGCCCUUGGUGAAGACUUCCCUGAUGCCAAGCACCCCAAGGUGCUGCAGCUCAAGUCAGACUCAGAGUCCAUUAGCUCUGUCUUCUCGGACACCCCCAUUGUGUCAUAGCAUGGGGCAGAGCUGAGAUGAGAGCUGGUGCCUCCCAAGAGCUGCAUCUGCCUAAAGAGGUGUGUUUUCCUCUAUCGCUACUAAAAGGAGGAUUAUUAGGCACCCCUAACGCCUCACUUGACUGCUACCCAUGAGGGCCGACCUGCAUCACCCACAACUGCUUCAUCCACGAGCCCGGCGUGACUUUGGGCCCAGCGGUAAGGCUGAUGUCCAGCAAGAGCUCCUUGUGUAAGUCACUGGCAACUGCCUCUUUAGGGUAAAUGGUAACGCCAAUUAACCCAGCACUUCUGAAGCAACUCCAAGCUUUGCUGGCUGUUACAUCCUUGGGUACACGAAACCCAACCCAAGUGCCUCCACCAUAGACCCCAUCGCCCCUGCCCUAGCAAUAGCUGGGAACAACGUGGGCACCAUCCUUGCUUGUGCACCUGAUCCUUGGGCAUAGAAGUGCCACUGUCCUCUCCCAGCCUGCACCGGACUGUGUUGGCAGUGCCGUGGCCCAGAGCAGAGGAGAUGGGACCCUGUUGCAAGGGGAGCUGAGCCCUCUCCCGAUGCUGCCUGGCGCAGCCAGUGCCCUGCGUUCAGCUAUCAUCAAGGGGGAUUUCGGUAAGUGCACCCUCUCUGAACACGUCUGUGCAAGGAAGAGGCACUUGAGCACUAGAAAAAACAGUCAGCCAAGUAAAUGAUACAAGCUUUUGCCUCUUAACACUCCCAAGAAGCUGUAAAUAGGAAAGCCAGGAAUGUAUUAGGCGACAUGAUACAGUGCCCCAACCUGUAUUGCUCAGAGCUCCCCAUGCCACCAAGGAUGAUGAGGUCUCCGAUACACCAUCCUCCCCUCUCUGUUUCUCCUUGAGACGGACAAACACACUGCAAAAGCACAGCUAUUUAGGCAGUAAUCUAAUAAGCGUAUCGAUAAAUGUAAGUAAUCUCUCCCUUCUUGGGUCAUAAUUCUCUAGUUACAUUUGAAUAAAAA